AUGUCUGGGUCUGGCGCGCCGCGCCCGAGUGUGCCGGGCAAGAAGUCGGAGGAGAGCGUGUGCGUUGCAGUCAACAUCAGGCCCCUGAUUGAAAUUGAGCUGGACCAGGGCUGCCAGGAAUGCCUAUACGUCACACCAGGCCUUGGCCAGGUGCACACAGCCGGCAACAGCCAGUCUUUCACGUAUGAUCAUGUGUUUGGCGGCGACUACGGCAGCGACCUCUCAGACCUCUACCCCAAGUGUGUCGCGCCGCUGCUGGACGGCCUGUUCAAAGGCUACAACGCCACAGUGUUCGCUUACGGACAGACAGGGUCCGGGAAGACCUAUGCGAUGGGCAGCGGCUUCACGCCCGGCGGCCCCUGCAGGGGCGUCAUCCCGGAGGCAAUGGAGGAGCUGUUUGCGCGCGUGGAGGCUGGGAAGGAGGGCGUCGAGUUCUCAGUGCGCGUCAGCUUUGUGGAAAUCCACAAGGAGGAAGUGCGGGACCUGCUGUUCGUGGAGGGUCGGGGGGCACGGCCCCAGGUGACAAUCCGCGAGCUGCCGGGCGGCGUGACGCUGGCGGGCGCGGUGGAGCGCGAGGUGCACAGCCGCGAGGAGAUGGCGGGCGUGCUGGAGCAGGGCAGCCUCUGCCGUGCGGUGGGCGCCACCAACAUGAACAACAGGUCAAGCCGCAGCCACGCCAUCUUCACCAUCACCCUGGAGCAGCGCCGCGCCGACCCCGCGCCCCCCACCGCCUCGCGGCCGGCCUCCCCAGCGCGCCGCGCCGCGGCCGCGGCCGCCGGCGACGCGGCCGCCGCGGCCGCGCUGGUCGUGGAGGCGGCAGAGGAGGAGGAAGAGGACGAGGAGGACGACGGGGACGAGGGCGCGGAUGGCGAGGGGGAUGCCGCGGAUGACUAUCUGAUCGCCAAGAUGCACCUGGUGGACCUGGCCGGAAGCGAGCGCGCCAAGCGCACCGGUGCCGAGGGCGCGCGCCUGCGUGAGGCCAUCAAUAUCAACAAGGGCCUGCUGGCCCUGGCCAAGGUGAUCUCUGCCCUAGUUGACUGCCAGGGCCACGUGCCCUACCGCGACUCCAAGCUGACGCGGCUGCUGCAGGACAGCCUCGGCGGCAACAGCCGCACGCUGAUGCUCGCGUGCGUGUCGCCGGCGGACGUGAACCGGGAGGAGAGCCUCAACACGCUGCGGUACGCGGACCGCGCGCGGCACAUUAAGAACAAGCCCGUGGUCAACAGGGACCCCGUGGCCGCGCAGCUGCGGCAGCAGCUGGCCGCGCUGCGCGCGGAGAACCUGGCCCUCAAGCGCACCAUCGGCGCCGCCGGCGGCGACCCCGACGCGCUCGCGGCGCUGGUCAGCGGCGGCGCGCUGCCGCCGGGCGAGGCGCUGCGGGAGGCGUACGACGAGCUGGCGAUGCGCUGCGGCGCGCUGGAGGCGCAGCACGCGCGCGACCAGGGGGAGCUGGAUGACCUGCGGAGCGAGGCGUCUGACUUGCGCGAGCGCGCGCUGGCCGCGGAGACGGCCCGCGACAGCGCACGCCUCCGCCUGCGCGCGAUGAAGCAGGCGGCGGUGGACGCGGGCUACGAGAAGCUCAGCGCGCUGCACACGGGCGCGUCGGAGGGCGCCAGCUGCGGCGGGGCAGCGGCGCUUGCGGACGGCGCCGCUUCCGCGGCAGCCGGCAUGGGCGGCGGCCCGGCGGCUGACGGCGGCGACGCAGAGGCGUCGGCAGGGGCAGCAAAUUCGUCGGCGGUGAUGGCAGCAGCAGCGUCGCAGGACGAUGACGUCAGCCUCGACGCUGACGUGGACGUGGUCGCGGAGCUGCGGGGCCGCAUCGCCGAGCUGGAGGCGCAGCUGCGCCAGGCGCGCUCGCUGCAGCGCGCGCAGUCGUCAAUGCUCCGCAGCGGCGCGGCCGACGGCGUCGCCGCCGCCGCCGUCGCGGCCGCCGCAGCGGGAGGCGCGGGGCGACGGAGGGCGGGCAGCGCGGCGGGUGGCGGCGCGGGGGCAGUGGGCCCCAGUCGAUACGCGAGCAGCGCGGGCGCGGCGGCGACGGCGCUGGACGUUCUGGAUUGCGGCGGCUCGCCGCCGCUGUCGCCCGCGCACCGGCCCGCUGUUGAGCCGCUGCCGUCCCCCCUCGAGGAGGGCGACUCAUCGCGGGACGCCGAGCUCAUCGCCGGCACCACGGCCCACUUUGUCAGCCAGGAGCAGCUGAAGCACCGCCUCGCUGCCAUAGGGCGCCAGAUGGUGGCCAAGCAGCGGCGGCUGGCGGCGCUGCAGGGGGCGGUGGCGGGGGACGGCCUGAAGGCGCAGUACGACGGCCACUUGCAGGCGCUGCAGGCUGAGCGCGACGCGCUGCUUAAGGAGAAGACAGGCCUGCUGCAGAAGCUGCACAAGGCGGCUGAGGCCAGCCUGGAGGAGCGGCGCCGCCUGGAGUCUCUGUACCGCGACAAGCUGGCGGCCGUGGAGCGACGCGUGAAGGAGCUGGGGGAGAAGGAGCGCGAGGCGCGGCGCGGGGCGAAGCAGCUGACGCGCGUUGAGCAGGUCGUGCGCCAGCUGCAGGAGGACAUCCAGAAGAUGAAGGGCCACAAGGCUGCGGUGCUGCGCCGCAUGGAGCUGCGGGAGCGGGAGUUCAGGGAGUGGCGCACGGCGCGGGAGCGGGAGCUGGCGCAGCUGCGGCGCAGCGCGCAGCGGCAGAACGCGGCGCUGCAGCAGCACCAGGCCAUGCAUGUGAAGCAGCAGGCCGUCUUGAAGCGGAAGACGGAGGAGGCGGAAGCUGCCAAGAAGCGGCUAAGGGAGCUCAUGGAGGUCCAGGCCAGGGCCAGGAUCCAGCGCACCGACGCGGCUGCGCGGGAGGCGAUGGAGAUGCAGCCCAACGCGGGCGCGCCGCUGCUGCGGUCGGAGCGCGCGCGCAAGGAGUGGGUGGAGCAGGAGCUGGACCUCUGCAACACCAGCUGGGAGUACAUGAAGCGAUGCCAUCCCUGUGUUCAUUCAUCCCACGAUUGA